AUGCGCUGUGUACAUUGCCGAAGAGAUAGAAAAGACUUGAAGUUGGCCAAAGAGUUAGGAGACAAAGAGAGUGAAGGUAUUGCAUAUGGCAACCUUGGAGAUGUCUAUUUCAGCUUGGGGGAAUUCCAGGAGGCCAUAACAUACCACGAGAAGAGUCUAGACAUUGCAAGAGAAGCUAAGAACUGCGCUGAAGAAGGAAAGGCAUGUUACGCGAUAGGCUGCUGCUUUGAAUCUCUGGGAAGCCUAGACAGAGCUGAGAGAUGGCUUCGACUUAGUAAAAAAACAUUUGAUAACCUACGAAAGCAAAGUCAUUCGAACGAUGAGUGGGUAAUAAAUAUUCAAGAUGAAUACAAACUUGUAAUUGUCGCUUUAUGGAGAACUCUUUUAGAACAAAAGAAAACUAAGGAUGCUCUCCUAGUUGCUGAGGAAGGACGCGCCCAAGCCUUGGUAGAUCUUCUGAAGUUACCUUCUGAGAGCUAUUGUUCUGAAAUCGAUCAUUUGGACCGUUUUCCCAGCCUGCUUUCCAGUCUUUCUUGUGUCACACUCUUUUUAGCAAUUGAGAAGAAAAACAUUACUAUCUGGGUACUUAAUGGAAAUGAUGUUCAGGUAAGAGAAAGUGAAAUUGAUGAGCGGUCUCGAGCUCUGGGACAGGAACUUAACUUGACAUUUGAUUCUUUGGUACAAGCGGCUUAUCCUCUCCUUGAAAAUGAAGUUCAUUCGUUGUCGGAGGGUUGUGCUAUAAAGGCAGAAGUAAUCAGACGAGAACGAGACGAAUCGAUGAAAGAAGCACUGAAAAUGUUAUACAAUGUCGUGAUAAGACCUGUAGAAGACCUGCUCUCCGGAGAUGAAGUAAUUAUUGUCCCGGAUGGCCCGCUUUGUAAAGCACCUUUUACAGCAUUCAUCGACUCACAUGAUAGAUACCUGUGUGAAUCUUACAGAAUACGAUUAGUUCCUUCACUAAAGAGUUUUAAAUUGAUUGCGGGUUCUCCAAGGUUCAAUAGCAAAAGAGGCGUACUUCUCGUUGGUAAUCCGAACCUUGCAGAGAUUGUUACCGAACAGCCGUGGCACUGGGAUCUCCCAGGAGCUGAAUAUGAAGUCAAGAAUAUAGGCAGAAUUCUUAAAAGUGAGCCCCUUAUUGGAAAAGAUGCUACAAAAGAAGAAGUGUUGCAGCGCCUUAAGGUUGCCUCUUUAGUACACAUUGCUGCGCAAGGUGGUGACGAAAAUGGGGAAAUCUUGUUGACACCAAACCCAAUAAGAGAAUCGCAAGAACCAAGAGUGGAGGACUACAUGUUAACAAUGGCUGAUUUGACUGCUCUUCAGUUACAAGCAAGAAUGGUAGUGUUAAGCUGCUGCCAUAGUGCACAAGGAAAGAUAAAGGCAGAAGGUGCCGUUGGCAUCGCACGGGGCUUUUUGGCGGCAGGCGCACGUUGUGUUUUAGUGGCAUUAUGGGAAAUUGAUGACCAGGUCACUCUGGAGUUGAUGAAAUAUUUUUAUGAACAAUUAGUUGCUGGAAAUAAAGCGAGCAAAGCACUCAAUCAUGCCGUAAAACAUGUUAGGGAGCAUCAAGAUUAUGUGAAGGAUUGGGCUGCCUUUCAUCUGAUUGGAGAAGACGUCAAGUUGGAUUUCUUGGCAGAAGAAUCAAGAUUAUCGAUUCAAAACGUAAGCUAUGAGUUGAAUUGUUGAAACACUAAUUUGCGAAUAUACCUAAGAAACGGCGGCAAAACAAUUCAGUAUGAAGUCUGCAAAAUAUACACUCCGUCUUGGGUGCUAGAAUACUCUUGCAAAUCGUAAGUCCUUGAAAGAACAUGAAUGCUUUGAACAUUGCUACUUCGAAAUGAACUUUCAACCACGUUUUACAAAGGAACCUAGGUAACUUUUACUUAUAAAGAAGAAAUAAAUUGCAUGAAAAUUGCUUCACGUAAAUCGUGGUGGCAAACCACCGAUUGCUUUGACCAAUAA